AUGGAUGGAUUGAUACAGGAUGGACCACCGGCCUGCCAACCAGAGAAGCACAAUUGUGGGAAUUAUGCGGUGGCCGUGGUAUAUUUGAUCUCCUACCUGGUCAUCUCUUUUCUCGUCAUAGUGAACAUGUACAUUGCAGUCAUUCUUGAAAACUUUGGACAAGCCAUGGAGGAUGUGCAGCAGGGCCUUACUCAGGUAAGUAAAAGAAUGACACUUCAGCUAAACAAAAAUACCGUUAAAUUUAUCGGGCAUGAUCCGAAGAAGCAUUCGGCUGAAACUGGAAAUCCACAUAGUUCGCAUAGUAUGAGCCGUGUCUGUCGGCAUUCAUAG